AUGUCGACCUCCUCAACACAGAGCACUGGGAGCACGCCCGAAGGGAGCCGGGGCAGCCUUGACGAACACUUCGCCUAUGUGGAGAAUAUGACAGCCCGCCGCGUGGCAGUGGGCGCGGUUGUGGCGAAAGCAACUUAUGUGCAGGUUCAACCCAAGAAGGACGGCGACGCUGCCAAAGGUCAAGGGGCGGGCGAUCCUUCCAAGGAAGCGGACGAUGCUGUAGAUUGGGAUUCCGUGGGCCUGGCCUUCUGA